GGGAAAUUCUAACCUAUCUUUGCAUUUGCGGUCUUUCAAUGGAUGGAGUUUUAUUUCUUGAUAUUAAGUAAGACAGUUGUCUUAAAAAGUGAAUUAAAAGGAAAGAAAUCGGCUGAAAAUAGGUUGAAAAGAUUAUAGAGAUUGUACUCUAGGAAAGAUGGCAGACAACCUUUCUUCUCUCCAAGAAACUACAAUUGUCGUAAAGUCUCUGCUCCUUUCGAGAGGGGGAAAGAUGACAAUUGAACUGCUAGAAGCAGACUACCAAAUGAUGGAAGAACAAAGAAUUCCCUACGGAAGACUUGGAUAUACUUCCACAGAGACUUUCCUGCGGAGCCUUUCGCAACUCCUGCAGGUCCGGGGUCAUGGAAAAUCUGCAAUUGUCGAACUUGCCAAAGAUCCACAGACCCAACACUUGCAGGACAUGAUAAAGGAGCAGCGGUCUGACAAGAAAUUCAAUCAGAAAAUGCAACGAAGUGCAAGUCGCGGAAGUUACGGGGCAAAUAGGCAGAGAAAUCAGCCUGGGAGGAAUUUCAUGCCCCAGUCGCCGUACAGACAAGCUCAUGUUCUUCCACAUCCACCUCAGCCAUGCUCCAAUGGGAUGUACUACAAUCACCAGGUAUUCCCUGUCCUCAUUCAGCCAAACUUUAUCAUCUAUCAGAACUGGUUGGCUCAAUUCUCCCUUCAGGCCUCCUUUGCGGCACAGCAACAACAGUUCAGAAGGCAGCAGGUUUGGGGCGGUAUGCCAUACCAACGGCAACCUCCGGGAAGAUGUGCUCCGCCUCCGGAAGAAGAACAGAGAUUCCAGCCAAAUGACAGGCCUCAGCAGAAGCCAAAGACUCCGUCUCCAGUCAAAAAGCCAAAGACUCCGUCUCCAGUCAAGAAGCCAAAGACUCCUUCGCCAGUGAAGAAGCCCAAGACGCCCUCGCCAGUCAGGAAGCCACCAUCGCCCGUGCAGACUCCUUCAGUGCCUGAGGCUAAGCCCUCCAAUUCCAUCCAGGAUCCCUCUCAACUCCCAGAAACUCAUCGAAAACAUCCGGAACCGUACCAUUAUUCCGAUUUGGAUGACUUCUGGCCAACAAGUCACCAGUCCAUUCGGCCUCCGCCUGGCUUCGAGAAUUCCUCCGUGGCAGAAAAGAUCGCCCGAGAGCCUCAAAUUUCCAUGCAGGACAGCGAUGAUGAAUUCCUGCAAUUAGUGGACAGAAACAUUUCAAGACUGGAACAACUCAAUAUUUCAUCGCUGUCAACGCAAGUGAUGCCCUCACCGUCCAAUUCCUUUCCCGAACUCGAUGACUUCUCCCAGGAGGCAUCCGGAGAAUCGGAACCUGCUUUCCCGGACUGGGUCUACGAGUCUGUGCAUCUGGUGCCCAAGGAUAUGGCUGGGUACAAAGACGAAAUCAAGAUCAGCAAUCGCACUAACGUCCUGACCAUCGGUGCUUGGACGGAGAUUUUUGUGUCGGAAGUGCACAAUCCACACAAAUUCUUCUUCCACAGCUACGCUGAACAGGAAGACCUUGAAGAUCUCAUGGCCAGUCUCAAAACAUUCUAUGAGAGGCCAACCAGUGCGAGUCUUACUCCAAAAUCACACGAAUUGCUUCCUGGCUUGACUUGUGCUGCCCUCUAUCUGCACGAAUGGCACCGUGGACGGAUCGUUUCUGAACCUUAUCGAUGGCACAAGACAAUGGUAGUCAAGGUGUAUUACGUAGACUACGGAACAGUGUCACCUGUGCCACUACACGAUAUCAGAUUUCUUCAUAAGCGCUUCCUCGAGCUACCUCAAUUGUGCCAUAGGGCAUCCCUGUCGGGAUUGCUGCCGCUCGGAGACACCUGGAAUGUCGAGGCAUCACGCAUGUUUCUUGCACUUGUAAUGGGGAAAAAACUUUGUGCUAUGGCCAAUUAUUUCUACGCAACUGAUCGCUCAUGGCAUGUGGAGCUUGUGAAUGCAUCGACGACGCCUUAUGAAAAUAUCAAUUUCUUGCUGAUUAAGCAUGGUAUGGCUCAAUUGUAUGAGUCUGAGGAUUUGACUGAUUACCUGGAUUACUACAAAAGUCAUCCACCCACCUUCGAUGAACUAAUCAAUGGGAAAUAUCCGACAUAUUCCGAAUUGCUGGAAUGGCAUCGGAUGGGGAUUGAGUAUGACCCGAAAAGUGCCAAGCCAAUUAUUCAUGUGGAUAAUGAUGUUGAUGAUGAUGAUGAUGAUAUGAGGAUGGAGGAUGAUAAGACAUUGUAUCUAAUUGAGACAAAUCCAUUCAUUGAGUCCAUUCGCAAGAAGAAUAUCCGGGUUGUGACACUACCGAGACUGUCCAUACCCGGGGAGAAUUUCCUUUCGAAUUGUGCCAAAAAAGAUAUUCCUCUGGUUAAUGUGAACAUUCCAGUCAACGAUAAGAUCCUCAUGCGUACCAAUCCAUUUCUCUAAUGACAAUACUGCCAAUUUUCUUUAUUAUUUUUUUUUACUAAAAAUAACUUCCGGAUAUUGAAAUCCUCGGAAAAAAAAAUUUGCUGUGCUCUUUGACCUUUUGUUUACCAAUUGAGAAGAUUAAAAAAAAAACCUGAAGACUUUAUAUAUUGUAGUAAUUUAGUUUAUUGAUGAAAAAUUAAGGCAAAAAAAACUUACGAAUAAAUGAAGUAUUUUUCUUUGUUAA